AUGCCUUAUCAGAAAUUUCUGAAGGAUGCUGUUCAGCAAAGAACCAGGGAAGCACAAGGGAUGGUAGUGUUGACCCGCGAGUGCAGUGCAAUCAUUCAGCGGAAGGUCAUCUCCGACAAAAAGGAAGAUCCGGGGAGUUUCACUUUGCCCUGCAUGUUAGGACCCCUAUCUUUCAAAAACAGUCUCUGCGAUCUAGGAUCAUCUGUCAGCCUCAUGCCUUUGUCUGUAGCGAAGAGACUGGGAUAUCACAAGUACCAAGCCUGCGGAAUCUCACUAGUCUUGGCAGAUAGAUCGAUAAGGUUACCAACUGGGAUGCUUGAAGACCUGCCUUUGAGGAUAGGGAAUGUAGAAAUCCCCACAGACUUCAUUGUGCUUGAGAUGGAUGAGGAACCAACAGAUCCAUUGAUUCUAGGAAGGCCAUUCCUAGCUACAGCAAGAGCAAUGAUAGAUGUCUGUGAAGGAACAAUUGAGUUAAACUUGGGAAAGGACCUGAAGAUGAAGUUUGAUAUCAAGGAUACAAUGAGGAAACCAACUAUAGAAGGUCAGCUCUUUUAUGUUGAGGAAAUGGAUCAGUUGGCAGAUGAGCUUCUAGAAGAGUUAUCAACAGAGGAUCCACUACAAGUUGCUUUGACCAAGGAUUCUUCAGAGGGAUAUGUGAGCUCAGAAACUGAUGAGUACAAGAAGCUCCUUGACACCUUCAGACCAGUUCCAAACAUUCUGAGCAUUGAGGGAUUGGACAGGCCAGUUUGCGAAGUCAUGGCAGUGAGCUCGAUCAAGAACUCGAUCGAGUCGAGCUCGAACAAACGAACUCGAUCGAGCUGGGUGCUGAGAUGCACAAGUCAGUGCCCACAUCAUGACUUCAACAAUGAGUCUUUGCUCUCUACUUUUUAUAGAGGAUGCUUGGCAAGGUAUAGAGAGAUGUUAGACACAACCAGCAAUGGGAACUUCCUCAAUCAAGAUGUGGAAGAUGGUUGGCAGCUUGUGGAAAAUAUAGCAAACUCUAAUGGGAGUUAUGGAGAAGAGUAUGAUCGCACCAACCGGAGCUCGACCCACCACUGGAUCGAGUCGGAUGAGAAAUUGAGAAAAGAUGUCAAAUCGUUGAAUGAGAAGUUGGAUAAGCUUAUCUUAGCUCAGUCCACAAUGAAGAAGGUCAAUUUUGUGUCUGCUGAAGAGAUGGAACCAGUCCAAGAAGGGGAGGAUACACAAUUUGCUGAAGUGUGCUACAUGAGCAAUGGGCAAGGUCGUUACAACAAAGGCUACUAUAAUUACAAGUCCAACCCAGCCAUGACAUACCGAAACACUGAUGUUGCUAACCCUCAGGACCAGGUUUAUCCUCAACAACAGCAAGCUCGAUCGAGUCAAACCCCACAACAUGGGUAUGGUCCUAAAAAAAACUACCAAGGCCCUCAACGGACUUUUCCUGGUCAAGCUGAUGGUGUUGUGGAGACAAGCAAGAAAUUGCCUGAUAUCAACUCCAAGAUUGAGAAUCUCAACACAAGAGUGUACUCUCUGGAGAAUCAUGCUUCUUCUGCUGCUGCUGCUGCAAAGCAAGGACAACUACCUGGUAAAGCUGUUCAGAACCCCAAGGAACACUGCAAAGUCAUUUUCAGUCAAGAGGGGCUUAAUGAAGAAGAAGAUCAAGAGAGAGUCAUGGAAGAGUUUUGUUUGCUGCUGAAUGAUGAUGAGAUUGUUGCUGCUGAGAUUCCUGGAGUCCAGAAUGAUCAACCUGAACCGGUUGACCAUCCUCAUCGCCUACUCAGUCAAGGCCAUAAGGAAGUGAUUCACAAGUUCAGAAGAGACCUCAGUGAGAUUGGAAUUGAGUUGCCUUCUAUGGAAAGCAUGAGUGAGGCAUUUGAGCAAAUGAAGAUGAUUAAGGAUGUUAUGGCUAACAGUGAUAAGGUCUCAGAGCUUCUGGAGGUGUCUACUCACCAAAUCAACCUGCUUACCUCACCUACUUUCUUACCAAAGGUGAAGGAUCAAGGGAAGUUCACUCUCCCUUGCACACUUGGGCAUAUUGAGCUUGACAAUGCCUUGGUGGAUUCUGGUGCAAGCAUCAACCUGAUCUCCCUCACAAUGGCAGAAAAGCUUGGCAUUGCUGGAGCAUUGCAGCGCCCUACUACUUCAAUCAUGUUUGGAGAUGCAACUUCCAAGUCUCCUCUUGGUGUGUUCAAGAACUAUCACUUGAAAAUAGGAGAAUGCAUCAUCCAAACUGACCUCACUGUCAUGGAGAUGGAAGAAGAGAAGGAUCUACCUCUGCUAUUGGGAACCCCAUUCCUUAGCACAGUUGGCGCUUCAAUAGACUUUCACAAGCAAGAAGUGAUUCUUCACAAGGUGAAUAGUUUGGUGUCUUAUCGCUUGCAGCCUAGAGGAUCAGACUUUUGUGCCACAUUGAAAGCACUCUCUCAAGUUGAGAGACCACGAUCUGAUAGGCCACGAGCUGAUAGACUUGUUCAAGCACCAUGUGUCCUUGAUGAGGAAAGCCUCCAAGCUUUGUUUGAUGAGCCACUAGGAAGCGCUCAAAAAGAAGGGGAGGAUGCAGCCUCAAAGGCACUUGUGGGAGAGAAAAGAAAGGACCCACCAGCUCAGGUUUCCUCAGCCAAGCCAUCUCAGCUCACAAUGACCUUGUUUCCCACCAAGUUUGAAAAUGGAAAGAUUGAGUACAAGAUAAGGUACAAAGGGAGAUCAAGACCAUUCUCUAGAGCCAAGGCCUUGGUUACUUCAGAGCAGUCCAAGGAUCCAACCAAACUAAAGGAGCUUCUGUCUCACACUAAAAAAAAGUGA